CAGAGACAUGCUGUUCAGAGCCAAACCCAGACCUUGGCAGCACCAACAGUCCCAACAGAACAACCUUGUUUUAGUAUUUAUGGGUAGAACAUGAAACAGGUUCUGCUCGGGGUCCAAUACUCAGACAAAUACAGGGCGGACAGAACCUGGAGGAGGCAAAAGAGCCCGGUUCCUGCUCCCUGUAUGCCGGCGUCAGGACUGGAGUCUGGCAGUCUGAGCGCAGGCUGGGGCAAGGUGACAGCCAGAUUAAACAUCAUUAUCCAGCCAGAGGAUCAGCGAAUGAAGGAGAGAGAAGUUAGAGAGGAGGGAGGUGAUGGAGGCUGAACCUAUAGGAGAAGGAGGAACACAUGAGAGCGCAGGUCACCUCCUCCUCCUCCUCCUCCUCUCUACUCCUCACUUCGCUCCGCUUGGCUCGACUCGGCGCCUCCGUCCGGAGCGGAGGCUGACAGACAGGUGGACCCGGAGCGGGAGCAGCAGGGUCGGUGUUCCGGCUGCCGUCAUGCUGGGCACGGUGAAGAUGGAAGGCCACGAAGCUCCGGACUGGAGCGGAUACUACAGCGAGGAGGUGUACUCUCCAAUGCCAGGUACCGGGAUGGGUUCUGGUCUGGGAAUGACGUCCAUGUCUGGCUACAUGUCGAGCAGCGGGACUACAUCGGGCUCCUUCAACAUGUCCUACAGCGGUACGGGUCUCAGUCCCUCCCCUGUAGGAGGGAUGGGGGGCUCUGCUCCGGCGCCCAUGUCCGGCCUCGGAGGGGGGAUGGCCUCCAUGGGCGGGGCUCUGAGCCCGUCCAGCAUGAACUCGGUUUCGGCCCAGCAGGCUUCUUUGGGUCUGAACCCAUACGGGGGCAUGAGUCCAAACCUGGGCUCCGGCAUGGCGUACGGCAGCGGCGGACUGAACCGAAGCCGAGACAACAAGACGUUCAGACGGAGCUACCCGCACGCUAAGCCCCCCUACUCCUACAUCUCACUCAUCACCAUGGCGAUCCAGCAAGCGCCCAGUAAGAUGCUGACGCUGAGUGAGAUCUACCAGUGGAUCAUGGACCUGUUCCCGUACUACCGACAGAACCAGCAGCGCUGGCAGAACUCCAUCCGCCACUCACUGUCCUUCAAUGACUGCUUCGUCAAGGUCUCCCGCUCGCCUGACAAACCGGGCAAAGGUUCCUACUGGACCCUGCACCCAGACUCUGGGAACAUGUUUGAGAACGGCUGCUACCUGCGGCGCCAGAAGAGGUUUAAGUGUGAGAAGAAAAGUCCGGGGAAAGCGGAUGGGAGGAAGGAGCACAUGGGGGCAGGCGGGGGCCGGUGCACCUCUCCCGCUGAAAACUCCUCCAAAGCUGCCGGACUUCUGGACUCCUCUGGACCCUCCUCCAGCCAGACGGUCUCCCCCGCCGGCUUGGACCUGAGGGAAGGAGUUGGCGGGGUGUCAGACCUGAAGGUCUCUGGUUCUCAUUUACUGUCAUCCCUGACAUUGCCCCCCCACUCCAUGGGCCAUGAAACUGCUCUGCAUAUCAAAGGAGACCCCCACUACUCCUUUAACCACCCGUUUUCCAUCAACAACUUAAUGUCGUCCUCAGAGCAGCAGCACAAACUGGACCUGAAGGCCUACGAGGCACUGCAGUACUCCUCCUACAAUGGUGGGGGGGCCUCUGGUCUUGGAGGGAGGACCAUGGAGCCUCUGGAGGCCUCGUACUACCAGGGGAUGUAUCCCAGACCGCUCCUGAACAGCUCCUCCUAGCUGCUGCAUGUAC